UCUUAAAAUAUGGUGGUCGAAAGUUACUGUGGCCUGCGUUUUGAUAAAAAUUGAAACUUUUUACUUGAAAUAAAAUCUUAAAACCCAGUAUUUUUGUGUUUGUCAAAAUAUAUGUAUAUUUGUUUAGUUUUAGUCACUAUGUUGACUCUACUACCAGUGUAGUUAGAUGUGAAAUCGUUAUCUAGAAUCUCGGUUUGGUGACCGGAAGUUGAAUUUCUGGAGAAAAAAAUAUUUACAAAAAUCCAUAGUAAAAUCCAUAGUAGCAGCAAUGUCAGACUUCUUCGAGGAUGAGGCGGAGGUAUCUGAGGCAUCCAGUGAGGAGGGGUCUGGGUCAGGUUCUAGUGGUUCAAUGUCGGGAUCAGAAGCGGGGUCAGAUGUGUCUGGUGGUGCAAGAAGAAAGAAAGUUAAGAAGAAGAAAGAAAAGAAAAAGAAGAAAAUACUGUCAGAUGACGAAGAUGAUGAUGAGGAAGAGGAGAUAGAUGAGGCAGCAAUAGCUGAGGAGAUGAAAGACUUUAUAAAUGAGGAUGACGAUGUAGAAGAAGAAGUGGAUGAGGAGGAAGAGGGUGAGGGAGAGAAGAAACGAAAACAUGAGUCAGAGGAAGAAGAUGAUCAACUUGAAGAUGAAGACUAUGAUCUUAUCGAGGAAAAUCUUGGAAUUAAAGUACAGAGGGCAAAGAAAUUGAAGCGUAUCAAGCGAAUGAUCUCUGAUGAUGAAGAUAGCGAGAAAGAGGAAGAAACUGAAGGGGCGGCUCAGGAGAGAAUUGCUAAUGAGUUAUUUGAGGGAGAUGAUGAUGUUGAGGAUGAUGACGAUGACGCAAGGUCAAGAAUGACCAGAGCAGAGACUGAGGCUCGGGACUUGGCUGUAGAAGGCUCAGAUGAAGAAGAUGAACUUGAUGAUUUUAUCGUGGAUGAUCAGGGCCAGCCAAUCAGUGGAAGGAAAAAGAAAAGGCACAUAAUACACUCUGAUGCGAUUUUUAUCCCAGAAUGCAGAUCUCAGUUAUUGCAAGAGGCACAGGAUAUAUUUGGUGUAGAUUUUGACUUUGAUGAGUUCAAGGAUUAUGGUGAUGAAGAGGAGGAUGAAGAAGAAGAAGAUGAGUACCUUGAUGAGGACGAGCUGGAGGGAGAAGACGGCGGGGAGAGAAAAGUUAAGAAAAAACGACCCAAAGGUGGAACUAAAGCUUCUUCAACAUAUGAGCCUGAGGCUUUGUCGAGGGCUUUCAUGACAGAGCAGGAUAGUGUCAUCAGAAGUACAGACAUGCCAGAAAGGUUUCAGCUACGUCAGACCCCAGUGAAGGAGACCGAGGAAGGGGAACUGGAGGAGGAAGCUGAUUGGAUUUACAAACAGGCGUUUAAUUCACCCCCAGUCUCGACACAGACAUUUCUGGAUCAGGAGUCUGGUGGUAGCUAUGGAUACAGUAAGAAAGGCCCAAGUAUGGUGGAGAAAAUAAAGAAAGCAGUGGACUUCAUGAGGAACAAACAUCACGAAGUACCAUUUAUAGCCUUCUACAGAAAAGAGUGUGUUGAACCAGAUCUUAACAUUAAUGACUUAUGGAGAGUUUGGCACUGGGAUGAAAGGUGGACACAGUUACGAACCAGAAAACAAAACCUGAUACGUUUGUUCGAAAGAAUGCAAAAUUACCAGUAUGAAAUGAACUCUGACCCAGACAAAGUUCUCGAGAGUAAUGUGCGAACAUUGACAGAGGAAGACAUUGACAGAGUAAAGAAAGUAGAAACUAUGGAGGAGUUACGUGAUGUCUACAACCAUUUUCUCCUUUACUAUGGCUCCGAUAUUCCCAAAAUGCGCAAUUUUGAGAAAGUGAAGCGUCGAGAAGAGAGAAAUGAAGAAAGAGGAGAGGAUGAGCCCAGAGACGAUGAUGAUGAUCAUGAUCAAGUUAAACAAGCUUCCAGGAAGUCAGGAUAUACAAUAUGCGUUAAAAACAAAUUAGAUGAAAUAGCCUUAAGAUUUGGGUUAACCCCUGAACAAUUUGGGGAAAAUCUUCGAGAUAAUUACCAGAGACAUGAUGUAGAUCAGUGUCCGAUGGAACCCUUGGAAAUGGCCGCUGAUUAUAUAGCAGGACAAUUUCCAACAGCAGAAGAAGUUAUGCUUGGAUCGCGUCACAUGGUUGCUAUGCAACUGUCCCAUGAUCCGUUAGUGCGGCAGUGUGUGAGAGCAGCUUACUUCGAGAGAGCCAGAAUACAUGUGGAACCUACAAAGAAAGGAAUAAAGGUUAUAGAUGAGGCCCAUCCAUGCUACUCAUUGAAGUAUCUGAAGAACAAACCAGUACAUGAUUUGAAAGAUGAACAGUUCCUGCGACUUUCAGAUGCUGAGGAUGAUCAGAUUCUGACCAUCAGAAUCUCGAUGGAUGAAGAAACAGACAACCCCAAUAUACAGACAUACUUCGAGGAAAUUAGACAGUUGUAUUAUAGGGAUGAGUUUAGUCACCUUGUACAACAGUGGAAUAUACAGAGAAGUCAAGCCUUAGAGAGGGCCCUUACCAAAAUUCUCUAUCCACAGAUGGAGAAAGAGCUCCGCCUUAAACUUAUCCAGGAGGCAAAGGAGGGUAUUCUAAAGGCAUGUUGUAGAAAGCUGUACAACUGGUUGAAGGUUGCGCCGUACCAGGCAGAACAACAAAUGGAAGACGACUAUGACUUUGACGACAAUGAAUCAGGUGUACGUGUGCUUGGUAUUGCCUAUAUUAAUGAAAAAGAUACAACAUCUUUUGGUUGUAUGGUGAAUGGAGAAGGGGAGGUAACUGACUACAUUCGACUUCCAUAUCUGAAGAACAGAACUAGGACACAGAGGGAGAAGGAGAGAGAAGAAAAGGAGAAAGAUAUGGAGAAACUGAAGGAGUUUAUUGAAACCAAGAAGCCACAUGUUGUAGCUGUGACUGCAGAAAACAUCGAUGCGUUGAUGAUUGUGGAUGAUAUCAAGAAAGUGAUAGCAGAGUUAGAACAAGAAGCGCAGUUGCCACCUAUCAGUGUUGAGUUGGUAGACAAUGAGCUGGCCAUGGUGUAUGCAAACAGUACAAGGGCUGAUGAGGAAUUCAGAGAAUAUCCACCUGUACUUCGACAUGCAGUGUGUGUGGCUCGACGAUUACAGGAUCCUCUCAUAGAGUUUGCUCAGCUGUGUAACCAAGAUGAGGACAUUCUCUGUCUCAAAUACCAUCCUUUACAGGACAGUUUAGCAAAGGAGGAUUUACUCAAUGCUCUGUAUCUAGAGUUUGUGAACAGAGUGAAUGAAGUGGGUGUAGAUGUGAACAGAGCAAUAACUAACAGCCAUACAGCAGUACUUGUGCAAUUUAUCUGUGGGCUCGGACCCAGGAAAGGAGCUGCGUUACUCCGGUUCUUGAGACAGAACAGUUCACGUCUGGAGAAUAGAACGCAUCUAGUCACAUUGUGUAGAAUGGGUCCCAAAGUGUUCAUUAACUCUGCUGGUUUCAUCAAAAUAGAUACAAACUCUCUUGGUGACAGUACUGAAGCCUAUGUAGAAGUGUUGGAUGGGUCUCGUGUUCAUCCAGAGUACUAUGAGUGGGCCAGAAAGAUGGCCGUUGAUGCUCUAGAAUACGAUGACACAGCUGAAGAUGCAAACCCUGCCGGGGCCCUGGAAGAAAUCUUAGAAAGUCCUGAACGUUUGAAAGAUCUUGAUUUGGACGCUUUUGCAGAAGAAUUAGAGAGACAGGGUUAUGGAGACAAACAUAUCACACUGUAUGAUAUUCGAGCAGAAUUAAACCACAGAUACAAGGAUCUGAGAACACCGUAUAGAUCUCCAACAAACGAAGAAAGAUUUAACAUGAUUACCAAGGAAACUCCCGAUACAUUCUAUAUUGGUAAAUUAUUGAUGGUACGUGUUACUGGAAUUGCUCACAGAAAACCUCAUGGUGAACAACUUGACCAAGCUGAUCCUGUCAGGAAUGAGGAGACUGGAUUGUGGCAGUGUCCUUUCUGUAACAAGAAUGACUUUCCUGAACUCAGUGAGGUGUGGAGUCAUUUUGACAAUGGAAGCUGUCCAGGCUCGGCUGUUGGUGUGCGAGCAAGACUAGACAAUGGUUGCACAGGAUUUAUACACAUAAAAAAUCUCAGUGAUAAAAAAGUGACAGAUCCACUUGAAAGAGUGAAGGUUGGUAUGAUGGUACAUUCAAGAAUCAUUAAGAUUGAUAUUGACCGAUUUACCGUGGAUCUCACUACAAAAUCUACAGAUCUCUUGGAUAAAGAAAAUCAAUGGAAACCGCAGAAAGAUUUGCAUUAUGACAUGGAUAAAGAGAAGAAUGAAUCAGAAAAAGAGGAAGAAAAGAAGAAAAUACAGGCUAGGCAAGCAUACAUUAAGAGAGUUAUAGCACAUCCUAAUUUCCACAAUAUUGGGUACAAGGAGUGCGAGAAGAUAUUGUCAAACAUGGACCAGGGUGAAUGUAUCAUUCGUCCAAGCAGCAAGGGAGCCGAUCAUCUUACUGUUACAUGGAAAGUGGCUGAGGGAGUUCUACAUCAUAUAGACAUCAAAGAGGAGGGGAAGGAGAACGCCUUCAGUCUGGGACGGUCGCUGCUUAUUGGUGGAGAGGAGUUUGAAGAUCUUGACGAAAUCAUUGCACGUCACAUCCAACCCAUUGCAUCACAUGCACGAGAUAUUAUCAAUUUCAAAAAUUACUUGGAUUCUGAUGGAGGGAAAAAAGAAAUUCUUGAAAAGAAAUUGUAUGAAGACAAGAAAAAAGCUCCAUCAAGAAUACCAUACUAUUUGAGCUCAACCAAACAGUACCCAGGCAAGUUCCUGCUUUCUUACAUGCCAAGAACAAAACCACGCCAUGAGUAUGUCACCGUGACAACAGAAGGAUUCCGGUAUCGACACAAGAGCUUUCACUCUAUAAACUCAAUGAUGAGAUGGUUUAAGGAGCAUUUCAGGGACCCACUGGUUGGCACACCCAGUAACAGAACACCUAUGGUUGGCCAGACACCCAACUUCAGUCUCCAAGGUGUGGAUGCUGCCACUAUACAGAGAGCUGCAGCUGGUCUGCCAAGCAAUAUCUACAACACACUGGCUCAGGUGGCUGGCGUGACUCCUGCGGGUGUAACACCAGGGGUCACUCCACGAGUUACACCCGGAUUUACACCAGGCUUCACUCCGAGGACAGGUUUCACGCCUCAUACUCCUCAAGUUGGAGGAUCCUCAAGUAGUAAUUUUGCAGGUGGCUUUAGUGGAGGAAUGAAUUACAGGCCCCAGAACCCAGUAGGUUCAACUCCUAUGAUGACACCAGCAGGCCAGGCAACACCAUCAUACCAACCUACCCCUAAAUCUCAGUGGCCAGGUGCCACGCCUAGAACUCCAAGGAGUAGUGGUCAGUCUACAUCAGGUGCCAAACCAGGCGGUAGUGCAGGUACAGAUUGGGCAAAGGCUGCAGAAAUGUGGGCCAAACAUAAAAAGAUGGCACCAGGCACGCCUCGUAGUCCAGCAGUACGACCUUCACCAAGACGCGUAGAACAGUCACCAGCUGGGGACGCCACUCCUCUGUUUGAUGAGAGAUAGAAAAAACAGUUCAUAUAGGAUUCAACACACAGAGACUUGCAAAGUUUCAAAAUGAAUUUGAACCAAAAACAUUUUAAUGAGGGUGCACUUUUUUCCAUGUACUUCAUGAACUGUGGUCAUACAAAUACAGUGUAUAUAGUUCAUUAAAAAAUGUGUCAUUUAAGGCGUGGGCAAGCUGUGAGACUAGGUUCAUGUUGAGUUAUAAAUAGAUACACAAUGUGUCAAGCUUUAUGUUUGUUUUUGUACUUGCAUGUACAUUGAAAAACUGUGAAGUCAGUAUGAAUAGUUUUGCUGAAAAGGGUGCUUGUCAGGAUUUUGUUAUUGGAAGUUACACUAUUGCAAGAAGCAAGAUUUUUUUUUUACUGUACAUAAACUAUUUUGUACAAAAAAGGUAACUUAUAGUGCUUGUGCUCAUACUUCUUAGAACGCAUCUGUAUAUAAUUUUUGUUGCAUUAUUUUGCUUUGUGUUAAUGUGAGCCAUACUGAGCUGUUUUUGAAUGUUCACAUAAGACGAUAUUUGAAUAACAAAGUAAUGGAAACUGAGAAGAAUGUUAUUUAGUGGUUAUAUAGCAUAGGAAUUUUUUGAGGGUUUGUUUUAAGGGGGAAUCUCUUUUGAAUCAUAUUUUUAAAUUGAACAUCUAAGGAUAUUGUUGUGAAAAAAUGAUCAACAUUAUCUAUCAUGGCUCUGUGAUACAUAACCUUUUUUUUGUGUUGAUUGGCUGUAAAAUCCAACUAACUCGCAAUAUAUCCUACAGAAACAUGCUCAUUGGAUUGAUUGAUCUUUGUUGCAUUCAUAGGUCCACAAAAUGGAUAAUGACUUGAAACAGUAUACUGGCUCACUUGGGGUAAAACAUCAUUUGUAAGCAAUGCAAGUUAUUGUGGUUAUGUCACUUUGUGUGGUUAUGUUUGUUUGCUUGAAGUAAUAUUUACUGUGGGACUGCAUCUUUUAUUCAGGAAUACUUUUCAUCAGGUCAACUUUACUGCAAAAGUCAGUUGUAUAAAAAAAACAAAAAAACAUUGCGGCUCUUUUUGAUGUAAAAAUGUUUCUAUCGAGAGGAAUUUGUUUUCAUAUCAGCAUAUGUUUAAAAGGGGGAAAACAUAAAACAAAAGAGCGUUUAAAUGAAAGUGUACUGUACCCUUUUUACAGACUUGAGGGAAUAUUAUUAGUGGAAGACCUGUAUUUUAAUAAGAACUUUACAGAAGUAGCCUAUAAUGUUACAAAUAAUUGUACAAAAAAUAAGACUUGUUGCUGCUUGAAUAUGAUAGCAAUGUGAAUCGCAAUAAAAGUUAAAAAAGACA